AUGGAACCAGCAUACUUUAGUCCAUCCCAGGCCGAGCUUGCAUUGCCAGAGCUGGGCAAGCUGUCGGGUUUUGCCAAGGACCUAUUCUGCGCGGUUGUACAUACACUCCGCCUCGGUCUCUUCCUGGCUCAUCCCCACCGCGAUGUCAGAACCUUCGACAAGAGCCAUCCCGGCGAGCUGAAUUGCCGCAAAUACGUCAUCUCUGCACUUUCAUCUGCCUUCAUGGCAGACAAGAUGUUUCCUCUGCGAAAAACUGGCGCAUCAAUGCAGUAUAUGAUCGAAACAUUUCGUGCGACCCGGGUCCCGAUGACUUCGCAAGGUGUGAUCUUCCAGCUGUGCAUCUGGCGCACGUUCGCCUUCGGCAGCAGAGACAGGAUGGUGGCAAUCAGCCUCCAUACGCCUUGGCUCCUACACUCGAUCAACCUCGAGUCACUUGCCUCGACCAUCAAGGCCUGGGCAGGCGUGGCUCACAUCCCGGUCCCCGCCUACGGAAACCUCCAAAUUCGAAAGGACUACGUCAUGGAUAUGCUUGAGAAGCUGAUGGUAUUCUCGGAAAUUGUUUCCAAAGUAGCCUUCAUCAAUCCUUACCUGGUCACCUUUGCACAGAUGCAAGACAAUCUGACCAAGCGCGGUAUCCACGCCAUCCCGGAGCAUGGUCUUAUCUCUUGGGUCCUCGUAAGUGAUCUCUUCGAGUUUGGUCUCUGUCUCCCACCUACACCCGAAGACCUCGUCCGCCACAUCACCAACACCAGUGCCCGAGGCGCCAAGAACGCCCUGAAAAUGAUCGCCGAGCAAGGAGCCCCAGGCCCACCCAAGACACCCGACGAGAUUGUCCAUGCACUGUGGGAGAUCAUGACUGUUUUCGACAACUCGCCUGUAGGUUCCUGGAUCAGGAAUGUUGUGGAUUGGUGUGCAAUCUGGCAGAGGAGACCUUUGAAUAUCAUCGAUAUCGAGCACAUCCUGUGCAAGCUUUCGAGACAGGCUAGCCGGGCUAAGCUGGGCAAGGGGAAGAAAAGCGAGAUUAAGUAUGAGGCCGAGACUGAGGGUGAGGGUGAGACUAAGAUCAAGGAUGAAGAUGGGUAUGAGGAUGAGGAUGAGGAGGAGGAGGAGGAGGAGGAGGAGGAGGAGGAGGAGGAGGAGGAGGAGGAGGAGGAGGAGGAGGAGGAGGAGGAGGAGGAGUAUGAGGUGGAGUAUUGGGACGAGGAUGAAGACGAGGAUCACGAGUUACAGCGAGAGGUAAAGCACGCGAGCCAAGAGGAACACUUAAACAGAGACGAAGCCAACUUCGACAACACCCACUUCAAGAUCAAGAUCGAAAUCCCAGACGACGACGACUAUGAUAUCGCCGCCCAGGCUCCGCCCAACGGGACUCGUGACCAGAGCAUGCCUUCACCCAAGCCCAUGACGUUCACGUUCAAGCAUGGCAGCCAGAAGCGCGGCAAAAGCGGAGACCCGGCAGAGCUCGAGAUGCCUAAAGUUGAAAAUGAGAUGCCACCGGAGAAGAAGCGCAAGCUCCUGCCUGAUGCUCCUGCGCGGGAGAUUAUCGUGGAUGAGGAUUACGAUGAUGAGGACGAUGAGGACGAUGAGGACGAUGAUGAGGACGAUGAGGAAGAUGAGGACGACGACAAGAACGAGGCAAGCAGACUCAGCAGCAGCAGCAGCAGCAGCAGCAGCAGAGAAGCUACAGCAGCCGCACCGAUCCUAACUUCCUUGGCGAGAGGAGAAGCCCAGGAAGUAUCUGCUAGGGAUGCGAAGCAAGGUGUUGCGCUUCCGGAUGAGGAUGACCUCUAUUCGGCAUAA